GGUAGGCGGGAAGGCAAGGGAAGUAAAGUAAAGUAAAGUUCUUGGCAGGCAUGCAGGAACUCAAGACCCGACCCUACACACCCAACACACCUUAAUUCAACUUCAACGUCAACCAACAGACGAACACACGAACGCGCGACUCAUACAACCCUUUGAACGACCACCACCACCACCGAGUCACCACACUACCCCGCACCACCUCCGCCACCCCGCAUCUCCCCCCAUCCACUAAGAACCAUGUCGACCGACGCGCUCCUCCUAGACAGCACCUUCCGGAUCACCUCCGUAAACUCUCAAAAAUACGACCGCGUCUGUCGCAUAACCGGAAUCCGCGAAGACCUCAAGUUCACAUUGGACAUCAACAGCGAGAUCUACCCCAUAUCCGUUGACGAGACUAUUCAGCUGAGCAUCGCGUCGACCCUGAACCUUGACGGCACGAUCGUUAGCAAAGAAAGCGAGGCCGCGAAGGGAGGCUGGAGAGAUGCACCCAGAAACGCGGAGGCGAGUCUUGCCGAUCAGUAUGAUUACGUCUGCUACGGGAAGAUGUAUAGGUUCGAGGAGGGGGCGGGGGAUUUGAUAAAGGUCUACGCUAGCUUCGGGGGCCUGCUGCUUUUCAUCGAGGGCCCGCACAAGAGGUUGAGCUCGUUCAAGCACGAGCACAUUUACCUCUUGAUGAAGAAAUAGACGAUGAGACGACACGACGACUAGACGGGGCAGUGGGGGCAGGGCAGUGGGAACGGGCACGGGAACGGGGCAUUUUCGGGCGCAACAAAAGUCAAUGAUAAUGGAAUUGUAUCGCUGGGUUGGAUGCUGGGAUUUCGCUUUGACGUGACGAAACUGGAGCUUUACGAUUUCUUUUUCUUCCAAGUAGACUGUAGAC